GAGGCGAGGAUUGAGAGAGUCCACGGGGCUCCGCGCUCCUUGGCCGGGCUUUCCCGUGGAUGUUGCUCCUCGCUUUGUGAUUGGCCUGAAACUGGGGAGGGGGGGAGGUAGAGAAUCGCGGGGCGCUCUUAAAGGGGCCGCAGCCUUUGCUUGCUUGCUACGAAAUACCCCCGCGAUGGCCUAUCAGGGUUUCACUGCAGAGUAUUUGGGGAUCCCCGCCGUGACGCGUGCCUACACCACCGCCUGCGUCAUCACCACCGCUGCCGUGCAACUGGAUCUCCUCACGCCUUUCCAGCUGUACUUCAACCCGGAUCUCAUUUUCAGAAAGCUGCAGGUCUGGCGACUCCUCACUAACUUCCUGUUCUUCGGGCCCUUGGGAUUCAGCUUCUUCUUCAACAUGAUAUUCCUCUACAGAUACUGCCGCAUGCUGGAAGAAGGCUCUUUCCGUGGAAGGACAGCAGACUUCAUCUUCAUGUUCCUUUUUGGAGGAUUUCUCAUGACACUUUUUGGCCUCUUUGCCGGCCUCUUCUUCCUUGGCCAGGCAUUCACCAUCAUGCUGGUGUAUGUGUGGAGCCGGAGGAACCCUUACAUCCGCAUGAACUUCUUUGGUCUGCUCAACUUCCAGGCCCCUUUCCUGCCAUGGGUCUUGAUGGGCUUCUCACUACUGCUGGGCAACUCCAUCCUCAUUGACCUCCUAGGAAUUGCUGUGGGCCAUGUCUAUUACUUCCUUGAGGAUGUCUUCCCCAACCAGCCUGGAGGGAAGAAAUUGCUACUUACCCCAGGAUUCCUGAAACUUGUGUUCGACCCUCCAGAGGAGGAUCCCAACUACAAUCCCCUUCCUGAAGAGAAUCCGAACUAUAACCCUCACCUGGAGGAGGAUCAUGCACCUGGUCAAGACCAAAAUUAACCCUAGGUACAGUAGCAAUUAAGGCACAGUAAUCUCCCCUGCCUUAUAUGGUGCUGGACCCAGAUACAAAUUGCCAUCACAGCAGUGCUGGUUUGUAUUCUCGUGCCACUCUCCUCCCUUCAAUGGGUAAGCUAUAUUGCAGCUCAGGAGAUGGAAGGAGAACUCCAUAGAAGUGUUGAAUGUUGCAAAGGUCUGGAAGAUGCAUUUGCUGAAGUCCCUGGAAGUUCCAGGCUGAAGACUACAGACUGAGCAUCUGAAACCAAGUGGUUUCAUCCUCAACUUCCGUAUUAAACAAGAAAUUCCACCCUUAAACAGUGGCUUUUAAAACAUUGUAAAGAGAGCUGCUGCCUUUUCAGUUGUCACUGUGUUUUCUCUAUGCCAAGAUGCAUGGAAUGAGGGUAGGCCACAGAUUUUGGGUUAGUUUUCUUUUUCUCUAGCUUUCUGGCCUUUUAGGUGGCUAAGAAUUUUUGCACAGGCAGGAACUACUGAAAUCAUCAGCCCAGGCCUGCUCCCCGUUUCCUUGCAUCCUUUGCCCACCCCCAAACUCUUUUUUUUAAAAUGGGUAGCAAGUUUGUUUUAUAUUCAGGACUACAGCAGGUUUAACCUCCUGGUCUGGUUAAUUAGCCACUCAUUCCCCACCUUGCUGGAGGUAAAGUGUAGACAGUUGCAGAAGGCAAUGGCAAACAACCCCAUAAACUUAGUCUGCUUAGUAAAUGUUAUGAUGUAGCAUCAACCAAUGAGUUAAUAAUGAUCUGGUGCUUUCAUUAGGGAUUACCUUUACCUUUCCUAACUUACAGAUAAGGAGCAGAAGAUAGCCACAGGCAUCAAGACAGGUAGAAACAAUUUGAAAUUAAAUUGAUUGAGGCAGGGGGAGGGGGGAAGGAAUAUUGCCUGUGGAUUUCCAUUACAUUUAUGCUUUUCUUUGUGACCUGUACCCAUGAAAUUUAGUAGGAGCUAAUGUAACAGCCUUUGUAGCCUUCACUCUAGCCAUCAGAUGCUGAGGAAGAGGGAAGAUCUCUAUUUCCUUGCUAUAUGAUCUAAGUUUGAAAUGAAGUGGGUGCAAAGUAUGUCAGAAGACAUCUGGUACAAAGAAAUUUUUCCGCAUCUCCUUUCUUCCACAAUGAUCUAAACUGUUUACAGACCCAAUAAAUAUAACCAGAAUUAUG